AUUAAAAACAUUACGAAAUCGAAAAUAACAAAAACUAGAGUUUCCAAAAAAACUCCAGUUAGACGUAAAAAAGGCAAAAUUAUUAGACGUAAGAAAGGCAUAAAAAAUUCUAAUCAACGACUGUCAUAUAAAGAGAAAAUAUCAGAAGUUCAUAAAACAGAUACGGCACUGUUAAAUUCAACGGAGGGCACGUUUCGCGUGCAGAAAGUUUAUGGCGAUGGCAAUUGCAUGUUUAGGGCGAUGAGUUUUAUUUUAUGGGACACUGAAAAUAAUCAUAAGCAACUGCGCUCAGUGGUGGUAGAAUACAUUCAUGAAAAUUGGAAUGAAUAUGGACCAUUUGUCAUAGCUGAAUGGAACAUUUCCAGUAGACAGGAAUAUUUCAACUAUAUGAUAGCAGAUGGAACUUUUGCUUCUGAAUUAGAAUGCACAGUGUUGGCAAAAUUGUACAGAAUGAAUUUAUCAAUUUAUCGUGAAAUUAAUGGUGGGGGAAUAUUAAAAAUAAUUUUUCACAAUCGAAUCAAUCGAAGUUAUUCAACAGCUCGACUUCUAUUCAGUGGACAUUCCGAUGUUGGUCACUAUGAUGUUCUCAUCUUAUUGUCUGAUUAAGUGAAUGUUUCUGUUAAAUUGUAUAAAAUAAAUGUAGAAAUAAAUGUCUUUCUUACGUCUAUAAUAUAAAUUUUUUAUUUUAUAAUUUUAUUUUGUGAAAUUAAAAAUAAAAAGAGUG